AUUUUACUUGAAGAAAGACAAUAUUCUUUUAUUUAUUUAUUAUUAUUAUUGUGAUUACUUACUCAGAUUUGUAGGUUAUAUAUCAGUAACGAUCACAAUUGCCCUUGAGCAAAAACAAACCUUGACCCCAUUCAACUUAUCUUCUGUCGUUGCCAUGGCCAACCUAAACUCCUCCAUCAAAAUAGUUGAGGUCACCACUGUGACUCCUCCACAAGACUCUAAAACACCCAACUCUUUACCUCUUACGUUUUUCGACUUGGUUUGGUUACGAUCUCCACCAACCAAACGUCUUUACUUGUACGAACUUCCAACAGUCUCCACAGCUACUUUCUUCGAUUCCGUACUUCCAAAACUAAAACACUCCUUAUCGCUCACACUCCGCCACUUCCUACCUCUGGCCGGAAACAUAAGCUGGCCCGAAACUUCUCCUAAACCGCUCAUCGACUACGUCGGCGGCAGCGACGAUGGUGUUUCGUUCACCGUGGCCGAGUCCGACGCCGAUUUCUAUGAUCUAUCUGCUGCUGACAUCAAUGAAUCCACCGCAUCUCAUCUUCUCGUUCCCGAUUUGGCAGUUUCGAAGGAAAAAGCAGCAGUGACAGCAUUGCAAAUAACUGUGUUUCCAAACCGUGGGUUUUCCAUUGGAAUAACCACCCACCAUGCUGUCCUGGAUGGUAAAUCCUCAACUUCAUUCAUCAAAGCAUGGUCCCACAUAUGCAAAAUCGGAGAUCAGUACUCAACGGCGUCGUUGCCGGAGCUUAAUCUAUUGUACGACAGAUCCGUGAUAAAAGAUCCGAAGGGUCUCGAAGCAAUCUACGUGAAUAACUGUCUACAAUCUGGAGGACCCAACAACAAAAGCUUGCUACCGGAUCAUAAACCCAGAAUCCCAUCGGAUACGGUUCGGGUCACUUUCCAAUUGAGCCGUGUAAAAAUAGAAAAACUGAGAGAGUUUGUGAAAGUGGAAAUGGCAAAGAGGAAGGACCAAAAUCCACAUCAUGUGUCGACGUUUUCGCUGACGGUUGCUUACACGUGCACUUGCUUGGCCAAAUCUGAAGGGUUAAGCUCCGAGAUCGAGCUGGUACUGAUUUCCUUCGGUGUGGAUUGUAGAUCUAGGUUGGAACCUCCGGUGCUUGGGUAUUUUGGUAAUUGUAUGACUCUGAAAGUUGCAUUUGCAGAGGCAAAAGGUGUAAUGGGAAAGGAAGGGUUUCUUGUAGCUGUGAACGCCAUAAGCGAAGCUAUAAAAAGCUUGGAAACCGAUGGGAUUUUUCAUGGAGCAGAGAAUAGGGUUGCAGGGAAGCACAGUUUGCCUCCGUUUAAAUUGUAUAAUUUUUCAGGGUCUCCUCGGUUUGAGGUUUAUAAUAGUGAUUUUGGAUGGGGAAGACCCACAAAGGUGGAUAUGCCUUGCUUUGAUACAAACAGUGCGAUUUCUCUUUCGGAUAGUAAAAAUGGUGAUGGUGGGGUUCAGAUUGGUUUGCCUCUGAAUAAACAUAUUGUGGAAGCUUUUGCAUCUCAGUUUGCUAAAGGUCUUGAAGACCUACCAUUUUAGUCUUUUUCUUCUUUAUGGAUCUUUAUCUACUUUCUACUUUUGUCAUUUUCUAAAUAAAAACCGAUGUGGUAUAAUGGAUCAUCGUGUUCUGGUCGAUUAAACUGCAUCUUCUUUUUCUUCAUAAUUCUUAAAUUAAUUAUCGUUUAAUAUUCUCAUCUUAUAUAUAAAAUGAAAGGGAGCUUCUUCACA